GCGUAUUGGCGUUUUCUGCUUUUUCCUCUUGCUACGAAGCAAUCGGAAUCGUUCGGUGUGUGAGCUGGUGUUUUGUGAAGAAAAUCGUGAAUUUCUCCCCGAAAGCGACCGCUACCAGCAUCCAAGAUGUACUCGAACGAAGAACCAUGGGAGGGUGGCUACGAUGAGUACGGCUAUGAGAUGGGCAUGCCGGAGGAUGGCAUGUACGAUCGGGGCUACUUCCCGAUGCACGAGGACGUGAAGAAGUUCCUGAUGUACUUCUGCACCGUCAUCAAGGAUGGGGUGGUGUACGAGAUCCAGAAUCUGUACGAAAACACCUUCCCGAAGCUGAGCGAGCAGCACUUCGAGAAGAAGGCCUGGCCGAGCGAGGAGGAGGUGGCGCACCUGGUCGACAACGACAACCUGUUCCUGAUCCUGUACAAGGAGCUGUACUACCGCCAUCUGCACGCCCGCAUCCAGGGCGGGCCGUCUCUCGAGCAGCGGCUGAACUCGUUCUACAACUACUGCAACUUCUUCAACUACAUCCUGCCGUCGAAGGAGCCGGUGCAGCUGGAGCUGCCCGACAUCUGGCUGUGGGAGCUGAUCGACGAGUUCGUGUACCAGUUCCAGAACUUUGCGCAGUACCGCGCCCGGCUGACGGACAAGACGGACGAGGAGAUGGACAUGCUGCUGAACAACAACAGCAAGGUGUGGAACAUCCUCUGCAUCCUGAACGUGCUGCACUCGCUCGUGUCGAUGUCGAAGAUCAAGGACCAGCUGGAGGCGGCCGCGGCCGGCAAGGACCCGGAGGCGGUGGCGGGCGAGUUCGGGCGCCACUCGUUCUACAAGAUGCUGGGCUACUUCAGCCUGGUCGGGCUGCUGCGCGUCCACUCGCUGCUCGGGGACUACCACCAGGCCAUCAAGGUGCUGGAGCCGAUCGAGAUCCACAAGAAGAGCCAGUACUCGCACAUUCCGUCGUGCCAGAUCAGCACGUCGUACUAUGUCGGGUUUGCGUACAUGAUGAUGCGCCGCUACUCGGACGCGAUCCGCACGUUCUCGUCGAUCCUGCUGUACAUCCAGCGCACCAAGCAGCUGUACAGCGCCCGCUCGUACCAGAACGACCAGAUCAACAAGCAGACGGACCAGAUGUACCAUCUGCUCGCCAUCUGUCUGGUGCUGCACCCGCAGUGCAUCGACGAGUCGAUCCAGCAGGUGCUGCGCGAGAAGAACUACCACGACAACAUGUACAAGAUGCAGUGCGGCGAUCUGGACGUGUUCCGCAACUUUUUCGUGUUCGCCUGUCCGAAGUUCGUGUCGCCGGUUCCGCCGCCGCCGGACGCACCGAUCGAGGACUACGUGAAGGAUGCGCUCGAGCAUCAGAUCAACGUGUUCAUGGACGAGGUGAAGCAGCAGCAGGAGCUGCCGACCAUCCGGUCGUACCUGAAGCUGUACACCACGCUGCCGAUCAUGAAGCUGGCCUCGUUCAUGGACCGCAAGCCGCAGGACGAGGUGGACGAGCAGAAGCUCGAGAACCUGCUGACCCGGCUGCUGUGCUUCAAGCACAAGAUGAAGAACGUCGUGUGGACGAAGGGUUCGAGCGGACUGGAGGGCAAGUUCCAGUCCGGUUCGGAGCUGGACUUUUACAUCGACAAGGACAUGAUCCACAUCGCCGACACGAAGGUGUCGCACCGCUACGGUGACUUUUUCAUUCGUAAGGUCAUGAAGUUUGAAGACCUGAACCGCCGUCUGCACGCCAUCAAGGGUUAAGUGACGGGGUGGAAAGGAUAAGCAGUAGCAGCAGCAGCAGCAGCAGCACGAUUUUCAUUUCUAUACAAUAUCUAGCAGCAUACCCAGAUACACAUUGCAAACAAUUCAAUAUCUACGUUUAGUCGGUUUUUUGAGCGCCGCAGGAGAGAAGUGACGAGGAGGACGGACUGCAGCAAACUUAUUCGUACGCGAACAAGAGAGCAGGAAAUCGUAUUAUAAUUUUUAGAAAUAGGGAGUCAUCGGAGUGCACAUUCGCAGUGCAGCAAUAAAUAAUGUAUUGCCAUUGUGGAAGGCUCCCGGCCAAA